CCUGCAGCACCCAUGUCAAAUUGUCGCCCCUCACCUACUCCUUUUCUUUGCUUGUCAUGCUAAAUAACCCCACUGCUACUCUUCAUACAACUGAGCUUCAAGAUUCUUUAUCACCCUGUUCAUCCCCUCUAACUGUGCUCUGGCCUAGACAUUUUAGCUCUUACACAGUGCGCCCAAUCCUGCAGAUAAAGUUGACCAGCCAAGAGAGUAGUGCUGUCAUCUUCUUCAUUCCAGAUGUCAUGUUGUAAAUGAAACCUAGGAUCGCAGCCCCCCUCCCCCCCUUUAAAGAGUCUAAAUUCAACUCCCUAUUAACAAAUAUAUGUUUUAUUCACAUGUGUGCUCAGUCCUACACUGUGCCUGAUUCUGAACACUUAGGAAGAGUUGGUUAUAAAAGAAGUAAUGGGAGUCUUAGCAUAAAACCACCCUUUUACCUGGAGGCUGUGAAACAACCAGGGCGAGAAAAGCUGACAGGAGGUGUUCUCACCCUGUCCUUUCUUCUGCCACAUUUUCUUCUCUUGUCACAGGAAGACCCACAACACCUGGAAAUGAGGCAGCACAUCCCCUAAGAUCUGGGUGGAGAAGAUGAACAACUUAAGCUCCUGGCAGGACGUGGGCUUCCCAGCAGGCCUCUGACAAGGUGCUGGCCCCCAGGGCCCUAUCUCUUUCCUGUCUCAGGAACUCCAACAUGACCAGAAAGAUCUUCACAAACACCAGGGAGCGGUGGAGGCAGCAGAAUGUCAACAGUGCCUUUGCCAAGCUGAGGAAGCUCAUCCCCACUCACCCUCCGGACAAGAAGCUGAGCAAAAAUGAAACACUUCGCCUGGCCAUGAGGUAUAUCAACUUCCUGGUGAAGGUCUUGGGAGAGCAGAGCCUACAGCAAACAGGAGUGGCCGCUCCAGGAAACAUUCUGGGCCUCUUCCCCCAAGGACCCCACCUGCCAGACAGGACUCUUCUUGGUGACUACCAGGUUCCUUCACCCGGCUCAAGCCACCACAUUCCAUAAUAGUGGGGCUCUGGCUGUUGUGACCCCAGGCAGCACUGGUUCAGAAGUCACUAGCUGUCAACAGCCUUUUUGCAAGUACCAGAGUCAGCAUGGUGAAUAAUUUGUGAGGCAUGAAUUCAAGCUUCAUAGGAGGUAUCUCAGGGUCAGCUGCAGAAUGCUAAAAGGAGGCAAAAAAGGGAGGUGGCCGUACAUCCCCUUCCCUUGGGGCUUCAGGCAGAGCAGCCUGUAUCUGUCGAUUUUAUAAAUCCAGGUUCCUGCAUAAGACGUUGUUUUUGGGGAAAAAAAGACCCUUACGUUAAAAACUGGUUUGAAAAUCACUGUUUUACGUAAUAUGUUUUCAGUUGUAAGAAGAGUUUCCUUAUAAUGGAUCGCAGAUGGAUGAGUAGAAAAUGCCACCCUCCAAACAUAUUUUAAAGUUCGUUCUGAAAAAUGAGGCAUAUUUGAUCAAGGGUGAACAGCAUAAGACAAAUGAAAAGAUAGCCCUUGCAGAAACCAGCCUGGAGACUUGUGGGGAAUCUGUGGAUAAAAGACCCUUCUGACACAAGAGGACCACAAGAAGGCAGAAGAUACGUGCAGGAGAGCUCUGCAUCCUCUAUCUCUAUGGAAAUGUGAGGUGUCACUUGCAUUGGACCACGAGUAUAUGUGUUAUCGCUAAAGACAAAUGGUGGAUUAUACCUAUGAGAGGAAAGGACGUGAUAAUUUGUGAGAGUUCAUGGUUUUCUUAGGAAAAGCAGUUAACUAAAAUAGUUUUCCUAAUCCUUUAGUUUCACAUGUCAGGUAUUGAAAACUUUUAAUUCAGCAUUAGUUCCUGAUGAUUUAAGACCUGUAAAAUUCAAAUAGAAUGAUGGAAAUCUAAAUAUUACCAUUCAACAGCUCAUUUAACAGAGAGCUUAACAAAAGAUUCAGAGUAGACAAUCGGAGUGUAACACCAGACUCAAAUGAAUGAUGGGUGAGUGACUUGUCUUCCCUGCUGGGGAGCAUUAGCUCAGUCUUACACUGGGAAGGGCGGUGCCCACAAAAGGAUGAACAGCGUGGAUCUGGCAGAACUCACAACUGUAUGCCACCGUGAUGAUGCUUGGAUUCAAAAAUGAAUCCCAUAGUUAAGCACAGAAUACAAAUAAUGUCAUUUGAUUGUCUCUGGAACAUUUUACUUCCCAAAGUUCUUGCCAGAACAUUAGUUUUAAAACCUUCUGAACUACAGGAAGGAAAUUGAUAGGCUUGAGAUUAUGUAUACACAAUAGAAGAAUUGAAAUUUUCUGCCUCUCUAGAAAGAAGGUAUUCAAUUUAUGAAAGGCUGAAAUGAGCCUCUUUGGUUUGGUGAUCAGAAGAAAUCUGGAUGAGGCAUUCUCAAAAUAGCGAGUUCAUAAUGUCAUUAAACUCGCCACAGCAUUCAUACGUAUGGCACAAUACAUUUAUCAAAACAAUGCAUUUGGGACUUCUCUGGUGGUAGUUAAGACUCUGCACUUCCAAUGCAGGGGGCGU